AUGAAACUGACCAGGGGUCGCCUCCCGGGUCUCCUGUUGCUGCUGCAGGUCUUCGCCGCCAAGGUUUUGGCCCAUCAGGGUUGCAAAAAUGGGCAUUCCACCUCCGCUGGAGAUUGCUGUGACCUCUGCCCUCCGGGUUAUGGGGUUACUGUUCCCUGUGGCCUCGCCAACACCAAAUGUGAACCAUGCCAAGAAAGCGUGACGUUCUCUUCCGUCGCCAGCACCACUGAGCCUUGCCGCCCGUGUUUGCAGUGCCCCGGCCAUGUGCCGGUGCAGGAUGCGUGCACCCCCACCCACGACACGGUCUGCGCCACCAGCUGUCCCCGGGGCCAUUACCUUCCUCCAGCAAACGGGAGCGAGGGCAACGGGCUGUGUCUCCCCUGCCAGCUGUGCCCAGAAGGCUACGGGGCCACCAGGCCCUGCGGCCCUAGUGCCGACGCCGUGUGCCAGAAAUGCCCCGAGGGUUAUUACUCGGAGGUGAAGAGUGCUUCGGAAGCCUGCCUCGCCUGCCAGCGGGAGUGCGGCGAGAACGAGGUCAUGAUCCAGGCCUGCAGCCCACUUUCGGACACGCUCUGCAUGGAAAAGGAGCUGCAGAUCCUGAAGCGCACCGAGGGAGAGACCCGGAAGACGUUCCCGAAAAGGACGCCGCUUCUGGACUCGGAAGGCAGCGUCCCCCCCAACUCCUCCACCUCGGAGUUCGUCCCUCCACUGGCUGAGGACAACAGCAAGAACAUCAUCCCUGUCUACUGCUCCAUCCUGGCGGCUGUGGUGGUGGGACUCCUCGCCUACGUGGCCUUCAAAUGCUGGACCACGUGUAAGCAGAAACAUCAGCUAGCCAAGGCCCGGGCCGGAGAGAUGGCAACUUCCCCGGAAGGCGAGAAGCUUCACAGUGACAGCGGGGUCUUCCUUGACACACACAGCCUCCAGGAACACCGCCCUCUCAGCAAAGUGCACAAGGUGGAACCCCGGCUGUACGCGAACCUCAUGCCCCAUAAACAGGAAGAAGUGGAGCAGCUGCUGCAGACCCCGGCCCACGGCAAAGACUGGCGCUGCCUGGCCGACCACCUGGGCUACGAGGAGGAAACCAUUGCGGCCUUUGGCAGGGGGGAAGCCCCGGCCCACACCCUGCUCUCUGAUUGGUCAGCCAAGGAGGGGGCCACACUGGACGCCCUGUGCACAGCCCUGGUGGCCAUCGAGAGGGUGGAUGUGGCGGAGAACUUGAACGCCCCCGCCGAGGUCAGCUCUGUGGUGUGACGGAGCUGCUCGCCUAGCAGGUGGACUCGU